CCUAGGGUACUAAUAAGUCGGCCUUCCUUCCAAAACUCCCUCCCCCUUGGUUGACGUUGGCCAAAUGAUUUGUUGAGCCCAACGACCGGUGCAAAAUGUCUUCAGUCAACCGUAGUCUCCUAUCGGCCUCCCGCUCACUGCGCUUGCAGCCAAGAACCAUCCUGCAAAGGACAUCAUCCCCUCUAACCCCGUCCUCGCGCGUAGCAACGGUUAAACUUGGAGCUACGAUACGAGGAACUCACCCCACCACCUACGCCCGCUUUCCCGCUUCGUCCUCCUCAUUCUCAACAACUACCCCCCAGAGAUCCGCUUCCCCGAUGCCUCAAGAAGCAACAAGGGAAUACGAUCCCGAGAUCAGGGACAUCGCUAACUACGUGACCAAGCCAAUCGACUCCGAAUUAGCUUUUGACACCGCGCGAUGGGUCUUCCUCGACACUCUGGGCUGUGGGCUGGAAGGUCUACGAUUUAAGGAAUGCGCUAAGCUGCUUGGUCCAACUGUCCCUGGAACCGUCGUUCCUAACGGCACUAGGGUCCCUGGUACCGACUUCGUCCUCGAUCCCGUCAAUGGUGCCUUCAACAUUGGUGCUGCGAUCCGAUGGCUUGAUUACAACGACUGCUGGUUGGCUGCUGAAUGGGGACAUCCUUCCGACAACUUGGGCGCUAUAUUGGCCGUUGCCGACUGGGUCAAUCGCACCAAUAAAGCUGGAGGCAACUUGGCUGGGGGCAAGAUCUUUACUGUCAAGGAUGUUCUAGAAGGGAUGAUCAAGGCCCAUGAGAUCCAGGGUUGUCUGGCACUACUCAACUCAUUCAACAAGGUUGGUCUUGACCACGUUGUGCUUGUUAAAGUUGCCAGCGCCGCGGUUGUCUCCCACAUGCUCGGGCUGAGCGAGAAGCAAAUCGCCGCCGCUGUCACCCAGGCCUUCGUCGACGGACAGAGCUUGCGAACCUAUCGACACUCUCCCAACACCAUGUCCCGAAAGUCGUGGGCAGCCGGUGACGCUUGCCAAAGGGCCGUCAACCUUGCGUUGAAAGUCGCAAAAGGCGAGUCUGGUAUUCCUACCGUCUUAUCUGCGCCGGUAUGGGGUUUCUACGAUGUUUUGUUCAAGGGCAAUAAAUUCCAGUUCCAACGACCCUAUGGCAGCUACGUGAUGGAAAACGUCCUCUUCAAAGUCUCGUAUCCAGCCGAGUUUCACUCGCAGACUGCAGUCGAGGCUUCUCAAAAGAUCCACGACAAACUGAAAGAGCUAGGUAAAUCUGCAGCUGAUAUCAAGGGCAUUACCUGCAGGACGCAUGAGGCGUGCACCCAAAUUAUCGACAAGCAGUUCAAGCCGAUGGACAACUUUGCGGACCGCGAUCACUGUAUCCAGUAUAUGUGUUCGGUCAUGCUCGUGUUCGGGCGCUUGGAGGCGGGUGAUUAUACCGACGGCAGCGAGGCGGCAACGUCCCCAUUAGUCGAGUCGCUCCGUCAGAAGAUCAAGUGUGUCGAGGACCCGCAGUUUACCAAGGAUUACCACGACCCAAAGCUACGUACCAUCUCCAACGCGCUGACAGUCGAGCUGAAUGACGGCACGAUCCUCGAUGAGGUUGUCGUCGAGGCUCCGCUAGGACACCGCCUGAGGAGAGAAGAGGCUAAGCCGCACAUCCUGGCCAAGUAUAAGCGACACCUGGAGCCACACUUCUCCGAGUCUCAAGUCAAGGAGCUUGUCGACCUGGGAAUAGACGGCAAGAAAUUGGAGGCUAUGGCUGUGGACGAAUAUGUUGACAAAUAUGUUGUGAAGAAUAGCUCUUUUGUUUAGAUUUGCG